UCUUCAAACAAAGGCACAUAAGUUUUUAUAACUGGUUAUAUAUUAUGAUACCCGUAUGCGCAGGGGUGAUGUCCCUCGUGAGCUCUGUCAACAAUGUGUCCAAGAUGCAACCCAGCGACUAUCAACAAAGUGCUCCUUGUCCAAAGAAGCUGUGAUUUGGAUCGAUGAGUGCAUGGUUCGCUUUUCCAACCGUUCAUUUUUUUCCACCUUCGACACUAGACCUAAACUUCACGUAUACAAUGAGGUGAAUGCCUCAGACCAGGAAACGUUCAUGCGUUUAGUGUUUGACAACUUAAACAAAACUGCACACGAAGCAGCUCGUGGUAAUAGUAACAAGAAGUAUGCGACAUUGCAAACAGACAUAUCUAAAUCUCAGAGCCUUUACUGUCAAGCUCAGUGCACACCGGACCUGUCGCCUUAUGAUUGCAGAAGAUGUCUCAGUUUAGCGAUAGGGGAACUUCCACGUCAAGGGUCGCUAGGGAUAGUUCUAUAUCCCAGCUGUAAUGUUAGGUAUGGAGUGAACCCUUUCUACCGCUCAUCUAUCCCUACACCAGUGCCGGUUCCUGCAUCAAAGUUUCCCAAUGCAGAUCAACAAUUUUCAGAAGAUCCCACUUAUCUAUACCACAAUUGCACCACUAAUGCAACUGCUGACAGCACUUACAAAAGGCAUCUCAACACCCUCCUCUUUUACUUGUCUUCCAAUGCUACCGAUGGCAAUAAAUUUUCUAAGAAUAAUGUGGAGGACAGUGUGUAUGGCCUCUUCAUGUGCCGCGGUGACCUUCCCUCACGCCUCUGUCAACAAUGCGUUCUCAACGCAACACACCAAAUAUCCGCAUCGUGUAACUCAUCUGAAGAGGCUAUCAUAUGGUACAGCCACUGCAUGCUUCGCUAUUCCUAUCAGAAUUUCUUCUAUCAAGUGGAGGAAACUCCAGCAUUUCAAAUGCUGAAUGUUACCACUAUCUCCAACCCCAUCCCGGGACAAGAGUCCUUCACUUUUACAUUAUCAAAUACAUUAGCUGAUCUGGCGAACGCGGCAUCAGAUAGUAGCGAGAGAUAUGUGAUUAAAUCAUCAAAACUGAAUGAUGUACAGACCCUUUAUACUCUUGGUCAAUGUACACAGGAUUUGCCUACCGAUGAUUGUGGGAACUGUCUGGAAGAUAUAAUUGGAAAAAUUCCAUGGUCACACUUGGGAAGCAUAGGGGGGAGAGUUUUAUGUCCGAGUUGCAAUCUCAGGUUUGAAUCGUUCCAAUUUUACGGGAUUGGUGACGAAGCGCAAUCGCCGAGGCCGGGUAAUCUUUCUCCAUCAGUCCACAAAGAGAAAAGAAAAAGUGGAUCGCGAGCAAUGAUCUUAAUUAUUGUACUCACAACUAUUUCAGCGGUACUUUUCUCUUUUGGCUACUAUUUAAUAAAGAGAAAAGUAAGAAAAAGUGCUAAGACUGUUUUGAGAGAAAAUUUUGGUCAUGAAAGUGCCACUUUAGAGCCACUACAAUUCACUUUGGAUGUAAUUGAAGCAGCAACCAAUAACUUUUCGAAUGAUAAUAAGAUUGGAAAAGGUGGAUUUGGAGAAGUUUACAAGGGAGUUCUUCUUGAUGGACGACAAAUAGCAGUAAAGAGACUCUCAAAAAGUUCUAAGCAAGGCACAAUUGAGUUCAAGAAUGAGGUUUUAUUGAUAGCCAAACUUCAACACAGAAAUCUUGUGGCAUUCAUCGGCUUUUGUCUUGAACAACAAGACAAAAUACUUAUUUACGAAUACGUUCCAAACAAGAGUCUUGACUAUUUUUUAUUUGAUUCUCAACGAUCAAAGUUAUUGAGUUGGCAUGAGCGUUACAAUAUUAUUGGAGGGAUUGCUCGGGGAAUUCUUUAUUUACAUGAGCAUUCUCGACUCAAAGUCAUACACCGUGAUCUCAAGCCUAGUAAUAUUUUAUUAGAUGAAAAUAUGAUUCCAAAAAUUUCAGAUUUUGGUUUGGCUAGAAUUGUGGAAAUAAAUCAAGAUCAAGGGAGUACGAAUAGAAUUGUUGGAACAUAUGGUUAUAUGUCUCCAGAAUAUGCAAUGUUUGGACAGUUUUCAGAAAAAUCAGAUGUUUUUAGUUUUGGUGUCAUGGUUCUUGAGAUUAUUACAGGAAAAAAGAAUCUAAGUCCUUGUGAACCUUAUCGUGUUGUUGAUGGCCUCUUGAAUUAUGUUUGGAGACAAUGGAUGGGCGAAACACCGUUAAACAUACUAGAUCCAAGUAUUAAAGAAAAUUGUUCUGAAACUGAAGUUAUUAAAUGUAUUCAAAUUGGUUUGUUAUGCAUUCAACAAAAUCCUGAUGAUAGACCAACAAUGGUGCAAGUUGCUUCAUAUCUUAGUACUCAUUUAAUUGAAUUGCCAAGUCCACAAGAUCCUGCAUUUUUCUUACAUGGUAGAAUGUAUCCAAAAUUAUUUGGACAAGAAUCAAGUUCUAGCCAAUCUAUCAACGAAUCCACUCCAUUAUCUAAUAAUGAUAUGUCUAUAAGUGAUUUUCUUCCUCGAUAGUAAAUUAUUUUCCUUUUAAGUCUUGGUAUUUAGAACUAGUAAUAUGUAUUAGUUUUAAUUAUUUUAUUCAAUUUGAAGAGGUUUAAGAAGAAAAGGGCACAUGUAAUUUAUUUAUUAGAUAAAUGUAAAUUAUAAAGAAUACUUUGUGAUGUAAUGAUCUUUCUUGAUACUUGAAGAAAUAUAAAUUAUAGAGAAUACUUUAUAAUGUAAA